GCUCAUCAACAAACCUGAUAGACGGAGACUUGCGUCGAAAGAGAGGCAUCUUCAUAUAAACAGUGUUCCAUUUUCAUUUGCUGCCCUUUUUGUUCAGAUUCCCCGUGAUGAAUAUAUAUUUUUGUGGCAGUAUUAGGGGAGGAAGGCAGGAUGUGAGGAUUUAUCAAAAAAUUGUGAAGAAACUGCAGACUUAUGGACAGGUUUUGAGCCACGAUGAUAUAACUGAGAAAGGUGAGGAUGUGCUACCGGGAGGAGACGAGGCGAUCUAUGACCGUGAUAUGGAGUGGCUCGCUCAGUCUGAUGUCGUAGUUGCUGAAGUAACCCAACCGUCUUUUGGUGUGGGUUAUGAAAUUGGUCAAGCCAUGGCCAUGAAAAAGAGGAUUCUCUGCCUUUUCCGACCCUCGUCAGGGAAAGUGCUGUCUGCCAUGAUACAGCGUGCCGAGGGCAAGUUGGGCAGCUCUCUCUUCCAGGUUCGGAAUUAUGAGGAGGAGGACGUUGAAGGAAUCCUGGAGAAUUAUUUUGGUGAACUCACCAAGAACUAAUGUGCAUUAAAAAUGCACUAUAUUGCUGAAUGUAUGUGAAAACCUGACCAUCACGACCAUCUCUUUCCAAUCACAGCGUCCACUCUUCUGGGAAAGCUUUCCACUCGAUCUUGGAAGGUGACUGUGAGGAUUUGUCCGUUCAGCCACAAGAGUGUUAGUGAGGUCGGGCACUGACGUUGGGCGAGGAGGCCUGGUACACAGUCAGCAUUCCAGUUAGUCCCAGGUCAGGACGCUGUGCAGGUUAUGAGAGUUCCACUGCAACCUUGGCAGUCCAUGAUUUCAUGGACCUCACUUUAUGCACAGGGGCAUUGUCACACUGGAGCAGGUUUGGGCCCCGGAGUUCCAGUGAAGGGGAAUUAUAAUCCUGCAGCAUAUAGACAUUCAGGAAUAAUACAUUGUGUAUUUUCAACUUCGUGGCAACAGUUUGAAGACGAACCACAUAUGGGUGUGAUGGUCAGGUGUCCACAUACUUUUGGUCCUAUAGUGCGGCUCACUCAUAAUGUAAUGAGUAAUUUUAUUAUCCAGCUCUGGAUAGAACGUUUUUUUGUAAGUAGAUCUUUUCAGUUGAACAGAGGCUCUUACUGACAUGUGAUGCACUUGUGUUUUGUUAAAAUAUGGGUGUCUCAGAUUGAAAGAGUUCAAACAAGAUUCCAGAAGAAUGGAAACAUUGUGAUUUUUUUUUCUAUCUUAUUAAACUGUUACUGUUCAUUUUUCCA